UUGGUCAGGCUGUUGUUUUCUCAUCAAAUUCUUUUUCUGACUUUGUUUUGCAUGCGUGGAUGUGAGGGACCCAUCCACUCUGUUCCCAAGUGGAGUCCUAUGUCCUGUUCAUUUCUGAUACACUUUCAAUGCUCCAAGCCCAUUUUUUGGAGACAUUGACUCCUCCUCCAUUUCUCAGCCCUAAAGUAAAGCACUGAUACCAAAAGGCGCCUUAGCAAACUGAAACUGAGGAAUGCAGACAGGCCUCAUUUGGGAUUGUGCUGUCCCCAUUAGAGUACUGAGGCUGGGUUUAACAGAUCUGUUAUGGGUACAAAUGUAAUCACUUGGCAUUGGCACAAUCCUGGGCAGGAGACUUUGCAAGUAGUAAGGUGAACUGCAUCCGAGAACCAUUCUGCACUGUGGAGGAUUUAGGGGUGCACUAGCACCAGAAAGUGUUUUUAUAAUGUAACCAUCCUGGAUAGGGGUGAGCUCAGCAGAGCUGGAGAUUGCUUCAAGAAAACAAGAUGGCUUGUGAUGCUGCUCAGAUGUAGGUGCUGUCCUUGUAAUGACCAAACCAAGUCUGUGGCAUUGAUUGCACAAAUUAGAUCUUUGUUCUUGAGAAAGCUCUCCAAGUUCUGGUUACUGAGCAGCACAGGUUGUCCUGGCAGACAAGGCCAGGGGAAGUUACUAGCUGAUCUGGACCAAAUGGCCAGGGACACAUGCACACUAGUACAGCAGGCACCCUGGUAGUGUGGCCUUCCCGCACGCUGGCUGCCAGGCACUGCAGCCUAAUGGUGGCCAAGGCAGUCAAGUGCCCCCUUUGGCUGUGCAGCACUACCCCGAGGAAACUACCAGGCAGAGGUAGAGCAGCCUGGGGCUCCUGCACGGGAGGCAAGACCAGAAAGGCCUGCUGGCAUUCUCUACUGUGACAAAACCGUGAAAUGGUGCAGUUCUCCAACCCAGUCCCUGCCGAAGUAGCAAGGAUUGGAGUUGUCGCUGCAGCAGCUGACCGCUCCAGCUCUAGUUGCCUGAGGACGGCGGGGCGCUGCCUCCCGGGACUAAGCACGGCGGAGCCUGCCCAGGGUUUUCCUGAAGCCUGGGGCGGCCUACCCGCCUCCCGCAGGCAGCAAACAGCCGGGCUCCUCGGCUGCCGCCACUCGGAUGAUACAGAGAAAAGGGCCGGAGGCCCCACUCGCCUGAUCGCUGCGACCAGCCGGUCCCAGGGGCUCCUGUGCCGCCGCGGCAGGGAGAAAGCGGCCCCGCCUGCACCGUUCACCCCGCCCCGCGCGCCCGCGCUUCUCCCCUGGGCGCGGGCAGGCGCAGGGGCCGCGCCAGACCGCAGCUCCCGGCGUGCUCCGCGGCCGCCGCCAGGGCGGGGCAGGGCAGGGGCAGCAGCCGCUGCGGGGGCCGGGCUGCUCGGCUGGACACCGCCCGUGAUACGCUGUCCCCGCCCCUCCGCCCUCGCGCGGGAAAUCCGUGGCGGAAGUCGUGUGCCACAAGUGGGGGCGACCUCGGAGUGGUUCCGAGUCAGCGUUUGGCUCAAGUCUGCGGGGCGCCGCCAUCUUUGUGCGGGGCGGGCGGCGAUGCCCAAGUCCUGCGCGGCGCCGCGGUGCAGCAAUCGCUACAGCAGCCGCUGCCGGCAGCUCACCUUCCACAGGUUCCCCCGGAGCCGGCCGGAGCUGUUGGCCCGCUGGGUGGUCAACCUGGGCCGCACGGACUUCCAGCCCAGCUGCCACGCAGUGCUCUGCUCGCAGCACUUCCAGCCCGACUGCUUCAGCCCUUGCGGCAACCGCGCCAACCUCCGGCCCGACGCCGUGCCCACGCUCUUCACCGCCCCGCCCGCUGCCGCCGUGAGCCUGCCUCCCUGCCGGGCGGGUCUGGGCCGGACACCGCGGUUCCGUGCCUGGGGACGGGGAGCGGGGCCUGGGAAGCCCUCACGGUGCCAGGCGAGGGCCCCAGCAAAUCGGGAACGGGAAGAGUUCUCUGAAGGAUGCUGAGGAUCCCCCAGUGCCAAAAGACUCUACAGACAGUUGGGAGGACAGGAGACUGGAUGUAGAAGCUGUUCAUCAGGAGCCCCAGUCUACUACAGCAGAGCAUCCAGUAGAG